AUUUAUUAUUUGUGGCAAAAAAUAGAGAUCAAUGACAACAGAAAAUCAAAUCACAUUCCGAAUAUUCGAAUUUAGGGCUUGCUGAAACCAACCCGAUCCCAAAAAUUUCAAUAAUUACUCAAAUUCGGUCGAAUUUCGCACCACCCCCAAUCUAUCAAGGGCUUGCUCCGAGUUGUUAAGGUUAGCGUUAACGAAUAUCUGGGACACUAUGAAGUUUCUAGAAUACACUCCAUUAGAAAGAUUAAAUGGAUUUUUGCAUUGUUUAAAUUUUGGAGAGCGUACUAUCAAAGGUUGCCUUGAAGCUUAUUCCUGCAAACACACGGGAACGGAUAAGAAGUUGUCUUUUAGCCUGGAAAAUGAGAUCCUUGAUCAUCUUGGAAAAUCUUCUGAUACAGACUCUUCCUCGCCAGCAGAAUUUCUUUUGAGCAGAUCAAGCCGAAAGACAUUGGUGUACUUGGUUCUGACACUCUAUCAUAUGUAUCCAGAUUAUGACUUCAGUGCUAUGAAUGCUCAUCAGUUCUUCACAGAGGAAACCUGGGAUGGGUUUAAGCAGAUUUUUGAUACCUAUAUGUUUGAAGCAUCCAAGGAAUGGACAGAAACAAGUGAGGGUGUCUCCUUGUUGGAGACUUUGUACAAGGCUCUAGAUGAGGUUGUGAAAUUGGCGGAAUGUGAAAUUUAUUGCUAUAGUCCAGACUCUGAUGGAGAUCCUUUUCUUGAGAGAGGGGCUAUAUGGUCAUUCAAUUUCUUCUUCUAUAAUAGAAAACUUAAGCGGGUUGUGAGCUUCCGAUUCUGCUGUUUAAGUAACAUGGUGUCUGAUGAAUUCCACAUCGAUGAUCUACGCUACGAGGAAGAUGGAGAAAUUUUUGAUGUUAUGGACAUGUAAGGUGGACAUGCUGUUACUUGGUUAGGAUGCUAUAUGUGAAUUAUGUCAAAACUCUUGACAUGUACCUAUAUUAACUUUCUAGGUUAUGUACCCUUGUGACCCUAGUAGUAGUAUUAAUUAGUUUGUUACUUGUAGUAGUAGAUUAGCCUUUUUAGUUCUGGUUGUUCUUACUAGUCGUCCUGUAGAUAGGAAUGUUGUUGCUAUGUACAGGAAGUCAUGUAUCUCUUCUCGCGGGUAUGGAUGAGGCCAUGAGCCAAAGAUUAUUCUAUUAUGUGUAAUAUUUUAUCAUCGUUUUCUGAACA